GGGUCGAAGGUUUACAGCUGCGCAUAAACAGAGAUUUUGAUCAGUGCGUGAAAAGUUUCGGUGGAGUCCGCGCGCACUGAGACUCUCCACAGCAACUCGACCUGUUGCGUCCGCGUGCGCCGUCACGGAGCAGAGAACCGUAAAAAAACCCUUUGGAGCAGGACUCGGACAACACUGGACUUAUUUAUUUCAAUUCGCUAUCUCAUUGCAUUUUUUUGUGUUUGUAAGUCCCAUGUGACAUUUUAUUAGACGAUCGUUUAUAGUGGCUGAAGAAAAAGGGACACUGUUUUUUAACCCAAUGAUACAAAAGACGAGAACAAACCGGACGGCAAGGUAAAGGGUUUUUUUUUUUUUUGCUUACAGGUGAUCCUCGGAAGUUACUUCGGAAGAAACGUCUGGAUUAAUCAGAGACGGAAUUUGGGACUUUCAUAAAUAUUCUUUCUUGUCUUUUACUUUCGCCUUGUGUGUAAUAUUUCCGCCCGCGUGUAUAUGAACGUUUGCUAAAAACGAAACGAUGGAAGUGAGCGCGGAGCAGACCCGCUGGAUAGGCCACCAUCCUCAUCAUCAUCCUCACCCGGUGCUGAACGGGCAGCACGCGGAGCCGCACCAUCCCGGACUCAGUCACUCGUACAUGGAGCCGCAGUAUCCGAUUGAGGAAAUGGACGUGCUCUUCAACAUUGACGGACAGAGCGGCCACCCGUACUACGGAAACCGGGGUGUACAGCGGUACCCGCCGCCACACGGUAGUCAGGUGUGUCGUCCAUCAUUGCUGCAUGGCUCUCUGCCAUGGCUGGAGAGCAGUAAAGGAAUCGGAUCACAUCAUGGGGCCUCACCCUGGAACCUGGGCCCCCCUUUCCCCAAAGCACCACUGCACCAUGGCUCCCCCGGGCCUCUGUCUGUCUACCCUCCGCCCUCCUCCUCCUCUUCUUCCUCUUCCUCCUCUUCACUGUCGGCUGGCCAUGCCAGCCCUCACCUUUUCACAUUCCCUCCUACUCCUCCAAAAGACGUGUCCCCAGACCCAGCGGUGUCCACGCAGUCAUCUGGUUCUUCACUGCGGCCUGAAGACAAAGAGUGCCUCAAGUACCAGCUGCCUGACGGCAUGAAGCUGGAUGCAGCCCACAGCCGUGGCAUGGCCAUUGGAGCAGGCACAGUGGCAACGUCCUCCUCUGCGCAUCACCCCAUCGCCACUUACCCUCCCUAUGUGUCCGAUUACGGGCCGGGGCUCUUCCCACCCAGCAGCCUGCUAGAGGGCCGAGAAUGCGUGAAUUGCGGAGCCACUUCUACACCUCUCUGGCGGCGGGACGGAACCGGUCAUUACCUGUGUAACGCGUGCGGACUUUACCACAAGAUGAACGGGCAGAAUCGUCCCUUAAUCAAGCCCAAGCGGAGACUGUCUGCUGCACGGCGAGCAGGAACAUCCUGUGCAAACUGUCAAACGACCACGACGACGCUGUGGAGGAGAAACGCAAACGGCGACCCGGUGUGCAAUGCCUGCGGCCUCUACUUUAAACUGCACAAUAUCAACCGACCACUCACUAUGAAGAAGGAAGGCAUCCAGACCCGCAACAGGAAGAUGUCCAGCAAGUCCAAGAAGAGCAAAAAGUCUCAGGACAGCAUGGACGACUUCUCCAAGAGCCUGAUGGAGAAGAGCAGUUCAUUCAGCCCGGCUGCCCUCUCACGUCACAUGACCUCAUUCCCACCCUUCUCGCACUCGGGCCACAUGCUGACCACACCCACUCCUAUGCACCCCUCCUCCAGCUUGCCCUUUGCCCCCCAUCACCCCUCCAGUAUGGUAACCGCUAUGGGUUAGGCUAUCUCCAACCCUGACCGUGACCUCAGCCUCAACCACAACUCCUCAAUCUUUGACCUUCUACCCCAAAAACCUGCUCUCUCCUGGCCCACAGAUGACUGCUAUGAGCCCUGUAAAACUUUUCUACACCCCUACUUCUCACUUCUUACUUCUUACUUCUUACUUCUCACCAACAAGAGCGAGAUAAUAAGAGAAAGAGAGAGAGAGUGAGUGAGAGAGACAUUAAUUGCUUACAUUGUUAACCUUAUAAUGUCACCAACAUUACUCGUGUACAGGUUCCCUCUCUUAUGGCACAGACACCCGGAAGUGAAACGUAAAGGUUUAAACCCUGUUCUCCAUCCAUCCAUCCAUCCAUCCAUCUAUCUAUCAGCCAUCCAUCCAUCCAUCCAUCCAUCUUUCCAUCCAUCCUUUUACUCCUUCCUCCAUCUCAACUCAUCAUCCUUCCCUUUCGUUUUCUUCAACGAGUGAUCUGUGAAAACCACAGAGGAGACAGACUCUGCAUAUAUUUGUACAAAUUGUAUGAAAUACAGUACAUUUAAAAGACUUUUUAAAAGAGAGAUAAAGACUAACAAGGAGGGGGGGGAAAGUCUACGGGCAGCUAACGACAAGAAGGGUACGACUUAAACCUGGAGGAAAGACAAGACGCCGAAGCGGGACGUUGUAGCAGCUCUUCCUUGUAAAGAAGGAGACAGAGACUGACAGAAAAUAAAGUGAAAAUAAUGGAAUGUGGGCUUUCUGUGUAAUGGAACGGUGUGUAACGCAUUAACGCUUGUGUAGUCAGGUCUGUUCCUCUGACUGCCAGCUACUCUUCUGGAUGUGUAAUAGGUCUUGGGCAAUCGAUUUAUGUUCACACACACACACACACACACACACACACACACACACACACACACACACACACACACACACAUAACCACCUGUUUUGAUCACCUUAAAGACUUUCUUCUGGCCCAGGUUAUAUGCAUUGUGAAAAAAAAGUUCCUGUAUUUGUUAUUUGUAUGUAUAAUUCAGAGUACCAAAAAUACAAAAGAAACAAAGAUGUAGAAUUAUUUCUUUAUGUAAUGCAGACUGAAUGGUUGUACAAAUUUAAUAAUCAAUAGUGUAAAAAAAAGACUUGCUUUUUUGUUGCGUAAUUUUUUCCUCUCUUUGAAAAUAAUAAACUAGUUUAAUCUCUGUUCACAUCA